GCCUCUACCUGAACCCUCUCUCAACCAACCUUCCUUCUCUCCUACCCUGUAGUUCAUGUGCCAGGGCCUCUCUCCCCCUCUUCUCUGAACCCUGAUCUCAUCCUUGACCCCUUUGGUCAGGAUGAGCUGGCUGAGCCGGCUGACCCCUCGAGGUCCGGGGGGCAGGUCKAGUAGGAACGUGGCACCCUCCAGUCCCUGUACUGCUGACCCAGAGACCUGCCUCAUGGUGUUUGAGAACCACUGGAGACAGGUGUCCUGGGUGUUGGAGCAGCGGGAUCCGUCAAGCUCUAGUGAUGACCUCACCGCGGUGCGGAACCACACCGACCAGAUGCUGUGCCUCCUGGCCGAGGAGCGACCGGGGGAGUGUGAGGGACCCUCCGGGGCGGUAACGUCCGGUAACGUCCCCCCCAUUGGCCCCAUCCUGGACCUGGUGGUGUCUGAGAACGUCCUAGAGCGUGUGGUGCAGUGGCACCUGAGGCGCGGCCUGGACCCCGACAGCCAGGGGGCGCUACUCAAGCUGUUUGAGAUGCUGAUAGGCCAGUCUCAGCAGCCCUUGCUCCAACACAAGGCGGUGCUGCAACCUCUACUGGGUCUGCUGGGGGCCUGUGCUGAGCCCCAYCUGGGCUGCCCUCCCUCUCUGGAGAACAGCCUCGUGCUGCUGCUCAACCAGAUCUGUGUGUCGAUGGCGCGUGCUCCUGCUGUGUUGGAGCUGUUGUUCAGGACGGCCCCGGUGCAACACGGUCCUACCAACCUGCUCAUCUUCUCCCUGCUGGUUCCCUUCAUCCACCGUGACGGAGCCAUCGGACAGCAGGCCCGCGACGCCCUCCUCCUCGUCAUGGCAACCUCCGCCAGCAACCAGGGAGUGGCACGCUACAUUGCAGAGAACUCCUACUUCUGCCCGGUGCUGGCCACGGGCCUGAGUGCUCUCUACUCCUCCCUGCCGAGGAAGAUAGAGGUACGGGGGGAUGACUGGCACGCUCUGCGCAGGGAGGACUGGAUGGGCGUGUCCUCUCUGGUGCUCUUCAUGAACUCUCUGGAGUUCUGUAACGCUGUCAUCCAGGUGGCUCACCCCCUGGUCCGCAGACAGCUGGUCGACUACGUUCACAACGGCUUCCUGGUCCCUGUCAUGGGACCCGCCCUACACAAGUCAUCUGUAGAUGAGAUGAUAGCCAGUACAGCCUACCUGGACCUGUUCCUGCGCAGCGUCACGGAAACGUCUCUCCUUAAAACCUUCCUGCGUUUUAUCCUCGUGCAUCGCCACGACAACGACACCAUCCUGGACACAUUGCUAACUCGCAUCAGCAGCAACUCAAGGGUCAGUACUAUAGUAUUGUGAGUGUACAGUACUGAGGGUUCUCUGGGUAUAAAUGAAAUCUAUUAUUAUUUUCAUGACAGGUAUCUGCUGCCCUGUACCCAUGUGAUGUUGAGUCAGAGGCGUGCUGUCAGGGACACUGAUCUCUAUGGUAAAUCAGCCGACAAGUUCCUGUCCCUCAUCCCAGACUGCUGCCGUCUGAGCACAGUGCCCUCUGCUGAGCAGGAGGAAGAACCUGCCCUUUGGGGGAAAGUCCUGAACAGUCCCAGCUCAGAGUCUCCAGUACACCACAAACCCAGCACUCCGUCCCGCUUGGCCCUCUUCAUGCGCCAGCAGAGCACUGGAGGAGGGCCCUCCACCCCCUCCCCCACCGAGACGGUCCCCUCGUCGCCUGGUGCCGGCCCCAACACCCCCCUGUCCCCAGAUAGCCCCAUGCACCCCGUCCCAGAGGGGCUGGACUGGGAGUCGGGGUACCUGGAGUACCUCAGGGACGCACGUAGGGGGGUAGAGCUGUGCUCCUGGGCCUGCCGGAACUGGUCAGCCCCCUACGACGGAGAGGACCCCUCACCCAACAUGGCCCCUCUACCGCCCCCGCCCCCCACCUCCAACCCCUCCCUGGCCAUGUUCCCAGAGCACUUCUCCUUCCAGCAGGGUGGAGGAGGAAAUGGAGGUAGUACCUCCCCCGGCCAGCAGAGGGCAGCGGUGGUGGCAGCAGCGCGGUCAGAGUGGACCAGUACAGAGAGGGACAGUGGAGAYUGGGACGUCACCAUCGGUAAGAACAGCUGUAUCAGCCUCACACCACGCACCAAGAAACGCAGCCUGCAGAGAGAGGAUGUCCCCCUCCCCAAACCUCUCCAUCUCCCUCCUGAUUCUGCCUCCCUCCCUGACCCCUCCGCUCCUCCCCACCUCCACUCCGCCCCCACCAAGGGUCCUCAGCAGGCCAUCAUCAAUGGGACGUUGUUGGGGGGGCAGGGGGACGGGUGUAGGGACAGCCAGGAUGGAGGGAUGGAGGUUAAGAAGGUGAAGAGAGAGUUGGGRGAGCAGCGGCACCCUGCUGGGGGGGACUCUAGUCAGAACGGGGGGGUGGGUGCCUGCCCUGCCCAGUCCUGCGGGUCCCUACAYGGCUUCUACAGUGAAGGGAAUGGGAGUGGGCCUGCGGAAAGCUCCGGAGGUCUUCCACCACACAAACCGAGUCACGCCCAGACUCAGUCUGCUCCACUGCUCUCAGAACCCCGUACCAACUCCUCCAACGACAGGCUGACCCUCCAUGCUGCAGCACCCGGCCCUGGAUCGAGACCUCCAGAGGCAAUGCUCUUUAACCAGUCAGAAGCAGUGGAGCGACUGAUCUCUGAGCUCCUGGARGGGCCUGGGGAGGGMGGCCAGCAGGGGCCUGGAGACUCCAACGGCCAGGGCAUCAGCAUCGAGGCCUUCACCCAGGAACUCCGGGAGCUGGAGGAGAGAGUGAGGGAGAGGAYCAGGGGGGUGGGGCUGCUCAGACAGCUGGAGGAGACCACCAGAGACCCCCACUCAGAGGAACCACCGCCCCCCUCUCCCCUGGACGCUGACCUGAUGGGGAGCGGGGUAGGGGCUGGCGUUGUGGGGGUCUUCAGCCCUGCCAGGCCUCUAGGACAACCAUCCACUCAGCCCUACACAGGUCCGUUCAUGGUGGUUCUGUUUGCCAAGCUGGAAAACAUGCUCCAGAACUCUCUGUAUGUAAACAUCCUGUUGACGGGUAUUCGCCAGCUUGCCUGCUACCCUCAGCCCCUGCUCCGAUCUUUCCUCCUCAAACCAACAUGUGUUCAGCCAAGCGUCAAGUCUCUCAUACAGGUAGGAAGUAUCACUAACCGCAUCGAGACGUUUGCAGCGUCCCAUGAGGAUUUCCCUGCCAUGCUGAAGAAAGCCCAGCGCUACCUGGCUGCCAGGGGCAAGGGUGAUUGGGCGGACUCACCCAUGGGGAUGCCCACCCUGCGACUUGAUUCUCUGGUGAAGAGCCGGAAACCCUCACUAGGCGACCUGAUCCUUCGCCACACCAACAGCCCUACGCGGGCACGCCACGGCCAGCUCGCCCUGGCCCACGUACGAGACGGCGGCCAAUCGCUGCACAGUGCCCUGUUCCGGGGUGGGUCAGGGCGCGGGGCUGAGAAGCAGGCAGAGGCUCUGAGGGUGAAGAACGCCGUCUACUGCGCCGUCAUCUUCUCUGAGUUCCUCAAGGAGCUGGCCGCUCUGGCCCAGGAGCACGCUGUCUCCAUGCCCUUCCUCCAGAGCAUGACACUGAGGAGUGAUGCUGUCUCCAUGCCUUUCCUCCAGAGACACGACACUGAGGAGUGAUGCUGUCUCCUUGCCCUUCCUCCAGAGCCAUGACACUGAGGAGUGAUGCUGGUCUGACUCCUUGCCCUUCCCCAGAACAUGACACUGAGGAGUGAUGCUGUCUGACUCCUUGCCCUCCCUCCAGAGCCAUGACACUGAGGAGUGAUUGCUGUCUCCUUGCCCUUCUCCAGAGACACGACAACAGGAGUGAUGCUGUUCUGUCUCCUUGCCCU